AUGGCGGUGGCCAUGAUGCUGAACAAUGCACUUAGUCUGGGCCAACACCGUGAGUGGAAGCAGACAACAGUUGAAUGGAGUGGAGCUCAGGCUGGAGACCGGGCGUUGGAUGUUUGCUGUGGGAGCGGGGACUUGACAUUUGGUCUUGCAGAGGCUGUUGGGCCCACUGGAGAGGUCGUUGGCUUGGAUUUUGCUGCUGAAAUGCUUGAGGAGGCUGCCAACGAACAGCGGAGGCGAGAGGGCCGGGUGGGUCCAAGGUGA